GAGCCAAGCUCUCGCGGGUGUCUUCACUCAGCGAAAUUCGAUCUGAAGAAUCCCAGCGAGAGAGACAGCACGAAGAUGAAGAUCGUGAUGAAGGUAGAGAUGAACUGCGGGAAGUGCAGGACCAAGGCAUUGCAGAUCGCUACUCAAGCAGAUGGUGCGGAAUUCGUGGGGUUCGACGAGGAGCGUCAGGACGAAUUGGUCGUGACAGGGAAAGGAGUUGAUGCUGUGAAGAUUGUGGGAGCAUUGAGGAAGAAGGUUGGGAAGACGAGGCUGAUAAGCGUUGAGGAUGAUGUGACGGAGCCUAAAGCUUAGAACGAGACGGACAUACAGAGUUCGGAAGAUUUCAGGAUUUUCUAUUACGCACAUAUCGCCCUUGAUGUUCACAUGGAUUUGAUUACUUCUUUCCACGCAGAUUCUCAUUCUUCCUAUAGAAAAAGUGUAGCCAGAUAUAUAUGUUCUUGGACUGUCAAUUACAUAUUUUGUUAUUCAUGCAUGCAUGCUGUUAAAAAUCAUAUGUGCUUGUAGUUUGCCCUCAUGCUUUGAA